GGUCAAUAACUGAAACUCGUUUUGAUCAAGACAUUUGGUUCCAUUCGGUUUGUUGAGGGGUUUUAAUGAUGCACAUUUCCAUGCACAUAAACUGGAGUUUCAGAUCUUAUUCAAGUGACGUGAAUAUGUCUCUUUCCUGCAGGUAAUGUAAUGUUAAUCAGUGUCACCACUAGAUGGCACCAGAGGGUUUGUCAGUAAACAAUCUGGAUAUUGAAAGUGAAAGCUCUGUGACCUGUCAUACAUAAUACUGCUUUGAGAUGUAAUGAUCAGUGUCACCACUAGAUGGCACCAGAGGGUUUGUCAGUAAACUUGGAUGUUGAACUACUCGGUGUGAGUCUGUGCGUGUGGGUUUCCUCUUUUCUUUUAAGCGACUGUUUUGAAAAGGAGCCACGAUUUAGACUCAGCCCUCCCAUUGGGUCAGAGGUCAUCAGAGUAUCUGAAGGAAGUGAUGUCAUCUUACCGUGUUCCCUCAGCACCAAGGAGAGUGUUGUAGAAAAACUCUUUGUCUGGAGGAAAGAUGAACAGAAGAAGAAGGUGUUCAUGUACGAUAUUGGUGAUCAUUAUAACAACGGUCUACCAGGUCAAGAUGAUCAGUUCAGAGGACGAGUCUCACAUUUUCCAGAUCAGCUGAAGUUUGGUAACGCCUCCAUCAGGAUUAUUAGCACAAAGAUCACAGACUCUGGAGACUACACCUGUCACUUUCCACGUAUUAAUGGACUGACAUUCAACAUGAAGCUGAUUGUUGGUUCAGUUCCCAAACCGUGUGUCACGAUACUAGAUGUGACAGAUUCUGGGGUCCAGCUGAAGUGUGAGGUUCAAGGAGCUUUUCCAAAGCCAGAGCUACGGUGGAAGGACAGUGAUGGAAACAUCCUUGAUGCUGAGGAGGCUGAGAUCUCAGAGAGAGACGGCCGCUACCACAUCACCCUCCAAACUACUGUGACCUCCACCACAACCACCAGCUUCCAGUGUGUGGUCCAACAGAAGGACCUGAACCAUGAGACUGCUUCUACCAUCACUGUGUCUGAGAAACUGUUUGUGGACACGUGUAGUAAAGUGACCAUUGAAGGGUUUGUGACUGGGAUGGCGGUGACAGCUGUAGUUCUACCUUUGACUGUGUUUAUAUGGAUGAGAACACGUUGUGUCAGAGGGACUCAGGAGACAGAUGGUGACGACGAGACCAAGGAGACCAUUGAGACCAUUGAGACCAAGGAGACCAAGGAGACCAAGGAGACCAAUGAGCCCCUCAACUCAAAUAAUAAUUCAGCAGAACUCACCUCAACCUUAUAAUCUCUGUUCAGCUUCACUCUCACACAGUAUCAAUUGAGGAUCAUAUUUUUCAUUGUCAUUUUUUUUAAAGUGUCAAAGAAACUUUAAUCAGUGAUUCUGUUGAUUAAACGUCCCUUUAGUAUUUUUUCCUAACGAUAGUACUGAUCCCAAAUGUUCAGGGGAAGCAUCCACAGUGUUGAGUGAUGCUGUAAUGGUGAAGUCAUCUGUAUUAGUUGAGUGUGUAGAGUCAUACGACCAGUAGACGUAGACUGAAACGGGCUGGAUUAUUUCAGACAGUUUGGUCUGAUUGUUGGUUGAUGGUCGUUUUUUUUCACAAUCGUUGUUUUGAGUAAAGACUCUGAUAGCGUGAUGCUAAUAGCUAGCCUGUCGUAGCUGCAUUUCUGCUCUAAGUGGGUGUUGGUGUCGUUUAGCGGUGGUUAGCAUCACAGCAUGAAGGUUGUUGGUUCUAAGCUGGCGUCUGGCCGGGGUCUUUCUAUGUUCUCCCUGUGUCUGCUGGGUCUCACAUAGACGUGACGGUUAAGGGUGAUUUAGAGUCCUGUAGUUACAGUGUAGGGGGUUACGACGUUCAAGCAUUUAUCCCAGAAACACUGUGUGGAGUUUCCCUCUGCUCUUCUCACCAGGCUGAGUGAAACUGAGCCGCCCACCUUGAAUGUGAAACAGUUAAUAACUAAAGUCUCUGCAGAACAGGACACAGAGAAGAGGACAAGAGCUGUGAUUGGUCCAUCUCCGUCUCCACAGUAUUCAAACUGAUGGUUUUGAUCAGUGAAGAUGGAACACGUUGAAGUAGGUUAUGGCAUCUCGGUCUAGGCGCCUCUGUGCUGCGGUACUAGAAAAUACGGGUCAGGUUCAUGUCAGUGUGACUGCUGAGCCUCUACUGCACUGUUUGAAUUUAGUUUUUAUCUGAAAGCUGGUCUGGACCAGUGGCGUUAUAUCAUAUAUGAUAGUGAAGAGGGAUUUAGUGUCAGUUCAACCACUGCCACUGAUUCUUCUCUGACCACAUCAAUGUAAAAAGCCUUGUGGCUUCACAUGGUCGAUCAUUUUAGUUUUUUUACGUUAUCUUUGCUUUCUUUGUUGCACAUCUCAUCAUAUACGUGUCUCAUUCUUUUGUUUUUCCACUGGUCUGUUGGGAAAUGGAAAUGAAACACUGAUAAACUAUAGAGAGUUGUUUUAGAGUCAUGUUGAUCUUCUCAGGUAAUAAGACGAUUUACAGAAGUUUAAGGGAUUAUAUGAAAAAUAAUGUGGAGACCAACAGACUGAUCUGAUCUCAACCUUAACGAGCGUCUCUUCUCCUAAAGCAUUAAUAGUUAAGGUCCUGACUGUGGUGCUCGUUCUCCACAUGUUUCAUAUUAGAUCCAAAGGAAAAGCAGAUAGAAACAGAGCAACAAUCACUCUGGUUUUAGUUAUUAAUUCACAAUCAGCUGAUGUGACUGAACUAAGCUCUAUUUAUUAAUAAUGAGGAGGAUGUGUUUUAGUUUUUAUUCAUCUCGAUGUCAAAGUAAAAAAAAUAAAAAAUGACAACACUGAAAAUGUUUACUGAAGAAUAGCAUUACAUUUUUAUUUUCUCGUUACAUGAAAUGUCCUUUUUCAAUAUUUGUACUGUAUGUGUGCGCCUCAUUAAAUACUGUGAGUUUUAUAUUAUAGAGUUUUAUAUCAUAGAGUUUUAUAUCUGCAAUAAGACAAAAUGAGACCAUGUCACAGAGACAUCACCUCUGUAAAAGAGCAACCAGAAACACAGAGCACACAUGUGAAAAGGAAACAAAACACAGAGUGUUGAGGUUUAACGGUGUCAUGAGAACUGGUCGACUCAGCCGUACGUAGUAAAGAGAACGUAAACAGGAAAAGUCCACGUCUGAGAUAUGAGGGAGACUGUUUGUUCAUCAGAGGGUUGUUUUAACUCGGUGCUUCCACAAGUUAAAGGAUGCUGUUUUUUUAUUAUUAUAUUCACGUUUGCAUAUAAAUAAUAGUAAAAAAUGUGCCUCUUGAAUGUAAGUUAAUUUCUGGAGAUUUUGUUUGUAAAAACCUAAAAUAAUAAAAUGAUAUGAGAUAUUUAUAUAGACUUUAUGUGUCUGCAGCGCUCAGUGAUGAUAAACAUGUGUUUGUGUUCAGUUCUGUUGUGUUCUGUUACUUUGUUGCUGUGGUUGUAGAGUGUGUUUUUUGUCCUUGAAGUCAGUGAAUGCACCAUGUGAGAGUUGUGUGUUAUUAGUGUCACCACGUAUUGGUUCAUGUUACACCAACAUCCAGUCUCAUGAGUCAGUGAUUUAUAUGAAAACACUCAGUGAUAAGUGAAAACUUUAUUUUAAAGCUAAAGCCUAAAGCUGAGAACCUCUACACACACGUUGAACUUCUCUCUUCCUGCACAAAUAAAAUGACAACUUUUUGGUGUA